AUGAUUUACCUCCCAGCACUCGCUUUCGGGCUCCUCGCUCUCACGCGACAAGUGCUCGGCGAUAACGAGGUGUGCUUCAACGAUGAUCCAGGUCAUUUCGGUGAUACUAUCAACCCGCUUGCUGGGCCUGACCUGCAGAACAUUAUCUCGAGCAUCGGGAACAAGCAACUCAUCAACAUGGGAGGGGAUGCGGUCGACAGAAACGGUGAUUUCAUAGUUCCUGCACAUCACUCCCUCCUCAUCGACUACAACACCGCACGCGUCUGCUUCCAGAACCCGCAGUCGUUCGGCGACCAAACGAUGACGUUUGCGGAGGCCUUCGCAGCGCUCAGCAGCUUCGUUUCGGCAUGCCGCCUCGACCUGGAGACUCCUGUGUCAGGGGGUGGGACAGCGGUUGGCAAAGACAGCUCAGUCGGCAAGACACAGAUGAACAUCUGGAUCCAGAACGUACACGACGGAAUGACCCAUGAUUGUCUGGGGAACCAGCCGGCCAGCCACGUCUCGUCCUUCAAUCUCGCCACGAUCAACGGCCAAGGCGUUUCCGGCACGACAUUGGAAGUGAUGAGGAGCCAGUUUCCCGACGAGUUGAAAUACGCAGCAGCGUUUGGGGGAGUCGCUGGGGUUGCAUCGAUGGCGGCGGUUAUCCAAGGAGUCAUCGUAGACCCACGGCCGCUGGCGAUCGAGCUGGAGAUAGUCGCCACCUCAACGAUCGAGGUUGUGGUUACAGAAGCGGACAAAGUUAUCGACAUCUCUGCGGCGGCGGGUAGGAUUGGGGAGAUUGUGAAGCUCCUGGAAGCAGAUGGGGUGAUUGCUACUGUCGAGGCGGAGAUUGCGUUGACCACUGCAGAAGCAAUAGCGGCAGCUGCGUCGAGGUUUGGUGCGAGCAUUCUGGGAAUCUUUAAUGGGCUUUAG